UUAAACAAAUUUCAAUUCCAUUGGCAUCCCCAUCCCGAUUCUUGGGCGGCAGGAAAGAACAAACACAAACACGCCCGGAACCAAACUACUCUGGCACUCUCUUUCUCUGUCCUAAAGCUAUUUUCUACCUUCUCUAGGGUUUAAAUUUCUGCGAUCUCUUCUCAAUCCAUCCAGAAGAGUCUCCAUGGAAGAAGAGGCCGUUUCUCUGAAUUCAUCAACGCCGGCGUCGAGUGCGGCGCCGUUGGGGCACUCAGUGAUUCCGAUCGUGAACAAAUUGCAAGACAUUUUCGCUCAGCUUGGCAGCCAGUCCACCAUUGAGCUGCCACAGGUGGCCGUCGUAGGCAGCCAAAGCAGUGGCAAAUCCAGCGUCCUCGAAGCCCUCGUCGGUCGUGACUUCUUGCCCCGAGGCUCCGACAUCUGUACUCGCCGCCCCCUCGUGCUUCAGCUGCUCCAGACCAAGCGGAAGCCGGAGGGAAAUGAUGAGUGGGGAGAGUUCCUUCACCUCCCUGGGAAGAAGUUCUAUGAUUUCAAUGAGAUUCGGAGGGAAAUUCAGGCAGAGACAGACAGAGAAGCAGGAUCAAAUAAAGGGGUUUCAGACAGACAGAUUCGGCUUAAAAUAUUCUCUCCAAAUGUUCUAGAUAUUACUCUAGUUGAUUUGCCAGGCAUAACAAAGGUCCCUGUUGGCGAUCAGCCAUCUGAUAUUGAAGCUCGAAUCAGAACAAUGAUAAUGUCAUAUAUUAAACUCCCGAGCUGCCUGAUACUUGCCGUUACACCAGCGAAUGCUGACUUAGCCAACUCAGAUGCCCUCCAGAUUGCUGGAAAUGCUGACCCGGAUGGUUAUCGAACCAUUGGUGUAAUCACGAAGUUGGACAUUAUGGAUAGAGGCACAGAUGCUCGCAAUUUUUUGCUUGGAAAAGUGAUUCCACUUCGACUUGGUUACGUUGGAGUUGUAAAUCGCAGUCAGGAGGAUAUUCUGAUGAACCGAAGCAUUAGUGACGCACUCAUUGCAGAGGAGAAGUUCUUCCGUAGUCGUCCUGUUUAUAGUGACCUUGCUGAUCGUUGUGGCGUUCCUCAGUUGGCAAAGAAGUUGAACCAGAUUCUAGUGAAACAUAUCAAAACUCUUCUUCCAGGGUUGAAGUCACGCAUUAGUGCUGCACUCGUUUCUGUUGCGAAGGAGCAUGCCAGCUUUGGGGAAAUUACCGAGUCUAAGGCUGGUCAAAGUGCACUGUUUCUGAACAUUCUUUCGAAGUAUUCUGAAGCUUUCUGUUCAAUGAUAGAAGGAAAAAAUGAAGAGAUGUCAACAUCUGAGCUUUCUGGUGGUGCAAGGAUUCAUUACAUCUUUCAAAACAUAUAUGUGAAGAGUAUUGAGGAUGUUGAUCCCUGUGAAGAUUUAACGGAUGAAGAUAUUCGAACUGCCAUCCAAAAUGCAACCGGUCCUAAAUCAGCAUUAUUUGUUCCCGAAGUCCCAUUUGAAGUUCUUGUGAGAAGGCAAAUACAACGUUUGUUGGAUCCAAGCCUCCAAUGUGUGAGGUUUAUAUAUGAUGAGCUAAUAAAGAUGAGCCACCGGUGUAUGGCGAAUGAACUGCAACGGUUUCCAGUUCUAAGAAGGCGCAUGGAUGAGGUCACAGGGAACUUUUUACGAGAAGGCCUUGUGCCAUCAGAAAAUAUGAUUAGCCACAUCAUUGGAAUGGAGAUGGAUUACAUAAAUACUUCUCAUCACAAUUUCAUUGGCGGGAGCAAAGCUGUAGAGAUUGCGUCCCAACAGAUCAAGUCCUCCAGGAUUUCUCCACCCAUUCAGAGGCAGAAAGAUGGAGUGGAUGCAGAUAAAGCACCAGCAUCUGAAAGAAGUCUAAAGUCUCGGGCUAUCAUAGCUAGACCGGUGAAUGGAAUUGUACCAGAGCAGGGUGUCCGGACUGCUCCAGAUGUUGAAAAAACCACACCUGGAGCCACUACAAGCUGGGGAAUAUCAUCUAUAUUUGGUGGGUCUGAUCAUCGUACCUCUGUUAAGGAAAAUUCAACGAGCAAGACUUUUAAUGAUCCUGUCCAGAGCAUGGAACAUGCUUAUUCUAUGAUUCAGUUGAGAGAGCCGCCAAAUGUCUUGAGGCCCUCAGAAAACCACACAGAUCAGGAGGCAAUGGAGAUAACUAUCAUAAAACUGUUGCUGAGAUCAUAUUAUGACAUUGUUAGAAAGAACAUUGAGGAUUAUGUUCCUAAAGCAAUCAUGUACUUCCUGGUAAAUCACACCAAACGAGAACUACACAAUGUGCUCAUAAAAAAACUUUACAGAGAGAAUCUUAUUGAAGAGAUGCUGCAAGAACCAGAUGAGAUAGCUACGAAAAGGAAGCGUACCAGAGAUACACUUCGUGUACUUCAGCAAGCAUUCAAGACACUGGAUGAACUGCCACUUGAAGCAGAUUCAGUGGAGAGAGGGUAUAGUGUGAGUUCAGACGCAACAGGGUUGCCCAAGAUCCACGGACUACCCUCAUCCUCCAUGUACGCCAGUGGUUUUGGUUCAGCAGUGGAUUCAUACACUGCUUCACCAAAGAACCCCAGAGGGUCCCGCAAAUCUUCUCAUUCCGGGGAGCUUCAGCCACCCACACCCUAUUCCAGUGGAGAUUCCAACGGCGGGGGACGCAAUUCUUCGUUUGGGCUCUAUCCAGCAAUCGAUGGGUAGGGGCACGAAGAACACGGCUCUAAUUUGGAUUUCAGUUCUCUCCCGCGGGCUUGCAAGUGAGUUGGAUGUGGUGUGGUGUUGGAGAUGAUUAUUCUUUAAUUCGAAUGAUGUAUGGUCUAUGAUUUUUUUGCACCCCGAUAAGCAAAUGUUUUUUUGGUCACUAUAAUACACAAUAUAUAGUUUCCAUUCAUCCAUCGAUCCAUCCAUCAAUCAUAAAAGCAUUAUUUGUAUAGGAACUGUUGGUCAAAAUAAUUUGAAGCAUAAAUCGUUUUGGCCGUGUCCAACUGGUGUGUGCUUUGGUGUCAUUUCGAGUCUUACACUGGUGUGGGCUUUGAUUCCCAGAAGAGUCCCCAUAGAAGUUGCUCAUGUACUGGUGGGCAUCAUUAUUUUUGUUGUGGCCAGUGGAGUUUUCUUUUUCCACCCAUUAAAGCUGUUGCCACUAG